AUGAUUGACUGCAGUCCUAUUGAAAUUGGUGCACUUGAAGAAGUCUUUGGGGGUAGUGUUGAUACCCUGCUAUGUCAUUGGCAUAUUAAAAGAGCAUGGGAAGUUAAUGUGAAAAAGCAUAUUAAAGUGCAAAACUUAACACAGACUUCAAACAUAGCAUGUAACAGUGUCCAUGCUGUAUUGAGUAACUUGAUGCAUGCAGAAACAUCUCAGGUCUUUGAUGUAUCAUAUAGUGAAUUUCUGGAGAAAUUUGAAGAUUCUGGAUUCCCAAGAAGACACUUUAGUUCUGCCAUCUUUCACACCAAUAAUUAUAUUGAGUCUUAUCAUAAUCAAUUGAAGACAUUCUAUCUUGGCCGUGCAAGAUCUCUUUGCAUUGAUAGACUUAUCUAUCUUCUGGCAAAGGUUUUAACACUUGACUACAGACAAAAAAAUGUUAAAACCUUAUAUGGAUUUAAAGCAAUGCACCUCUCACACCAAGAAGAGCUAAAAAAGAAAAAGACAUAUAUGUUAGAUAUUGACAAGGCUACAUCAAUGAACCUUUCCUCUGCCUUCUCCUCAUCUUCUUCUGUCCAGCCACCUUCUAAUGAAACCAGUGCAGUAGUUGACCCGUCUAUUCUUUCUGAUGAGAUAGCUGCUGAUAUUGACAAGUACAUUCAGUUAUACUCUGCUGAACUUAAGAAGAAGGUAGUGGAGUAUAAGGGUAGACCUGAAGACUUAGGCCAGUUUGUUGAUCCAUUGAAGUCUGCUUAUAAUAAGUUAAAAGAACAUGGCACCCCUUCUCAGUCCCGUCCACCUAGACAAUUCUAA